AUGUUUUUCACAGAGUUACAGCUUAAAGCAGCAUUUAAUUCACAGAGUGAAGUGUGCACAACAUGUUUUUCACAGAGUUACAGCUUAAAGCAGCAUAUGUUGAUUCAUACUGGGGAGAAACCUUUCGAAUGUGAAGUAUGCACAAAAUGUUUUGCACGGAAUAACAACUUAAAACAGCAUAUGUUGAUUCAUACUGGCGAAAAGCUUUUCAACUGCAAAGCAUGCACAGCAUGUUUUUCACAGAGUUCCGGCUUAAAGCAACAUAUGUUGAUUCAUACUGGGGAGAAACCUUUCAAAUGUGAAGUGUGCACAAAAUGUUUUAGAAAAUGUUCCCACUUGAAUGAACAUCUGCAGAUUCAUACAAGGGAGAACGCUCUCAAAUAUGAAGUGUGCAAAAAUAUUUUUGCUUAUAAAUCCAUGAUCUAUACUAGGGAUAAACCUCUUAAAUGUGAAAUGUGCACAAAAUGUUUUAUAAAACGUUCCCACUUGAACGAACAUAUACGCAUUCAUACUGGGGAGAAACCUUUCAAAUGUGAAGUGUGCAGAAGAUGUUUUGCUCGGAAUUCCACAUUAAGACAACAUAAUAGGUUGAUUCAUACUGGGGGGAACUUAGAUAGUUGUAAAGCCAAGUCUCUUCUAGAAAUACACAUGUGUGUUCAUACUGAAGAAAGACCUUUCAGGUGUGGAACGUGCUUAAAGUAUUUUUCAACCAAGAGUAUCAUUAAAAGACAUAUGCAGAUCCACACUGGAGAAAAACGUUUCAGAUGUGAAGUGUGCAAGAAAUGUUUUACACAGAGUUCGCACUUGAAAGUACACACGCUGAUUCAUACUGGUGAGAGGCCAUUCAAAUGUGAAUUGUGCACGAAAUGUUUUACACGUUGUUACCACUUAAAACAACAUAUGAUGAUUCAUAAAGGCAACAAACCCUUCAAAUGUGAAGUAUGCACGAAAUGUUUUACAAAUAGUUCCAAAUUCAGAGAACACAAGCUGAUUCAUACUGUUAAGCGUUGUUCUCACUUAAACCUACAUAUGUUGACUCAUACAGGCAAGACACCUUUCAAAUGUGAAGUCUGUUCCAAAUGUUUUUCACAGAGUUCCAACUUAAAGAAGCAUAUGUUAAUUCAUACUGGCGAGAAACCUUUCAAAUGUGAAGUGUGUAAAAAAUGUUUUGCUCAGAGUUCCAACUUAAAACAACAUAUGUUGGAUGUGAAGUUCGACAUGUCAGUGCUAAAUGAUGAUGACGACGUUGAUUAUGAUUAUUAUGAUAAUGAUGAUCACGAUGAUGAGAAAAAGGAGAAAGACGAUGAAAUAAAGUACAUUAUACAAAGUCUGUAUAAUGUGAGAUUCUACACAAGCAUGCAUGUCUGUGUUAAAUAA